AUGCCAAGACCAUCAAAAAGAAAGCAACAACUUCGUAUAAAUAGUGUACAUGCAUGUAAUAUUUGCCAAGCUUUCCAACAGCAACCAGACUCUCUUCUUCCUAUUAAUCUCAGUGAUUUUGAUUUAAAUGAGAUAGUCCAACCAUUUUCUGAUGUUCAGCCACCAACCUUAUUGAUUUCAACUCAGCUUUUUGAUCUUUACUCGAGCAAUGAGUAUGAAAGUGAUAAUCCAGAUUCAGCGUGUUCCACGGGCUCUGAUAAUGAAAUACUUGAAGUUGAUAACACAAAAUUGAAUGAUGAUGAAUGCACAAGCUCAAUUUUUAAACUUCUACUUUCUGCAUCACAAAAAAGCUUUGAAAAUUAA